AUGACCGCUACUUUUACGGAAACUGAGCUUGAGCAGAUCAAAAGUCUGAGAAAAGCCUUGAAUAAUGAGGUCCCGAAGUUUUACGAUGAUGAUUUCUGUUUAUUGAGAUGGAUUCAAGGCUGGGAUAACAAUCAUGGUAGGUUUAUAUUUGAUGUAAUUAAAUAUUUUAGAUGACAUCCUGCCUCGAAUAAAGACGGCAGCUGAAGUUAUUUCCACGUUCCCGCCUUUGCAUCACAUAAAUUUUGACUCAGUGGACGAUGUUGAACUGAAUCUUCGGAGGUUCAGCAAGAUGAUGGAGUAUAGCCCUGGGGGUUUGAUUGGGUUCGACAAGGACGGGGACAUCAUCAGUUGCUCACUGGUUGGGCGAUUCCACUCAAAAUCAUUACUAAAAUGUGCUCGAGUUAGUGAAGUCACGUUGAAUGGAAUUUAUUCUGGAAUUCUGGGGUAUUCUUAUAUGAAGUAAGGACUAUGGAGAGCAGCUAUUAUAGUUUGUGUGUUAAAUUACUGUAGCUGAUUACAGAAGACAGGAGAAGAAGAGUGGUCGUCAGCUGAGGUUCAAUAUCAUCAUCGACCUGACCGGUUAUAAUCGGGACCAUCUGUUCACCCCGGGGAUUAAGGCCUACAAAAAUUUUAUUUAUACAAGUCAGGUAAGAAAUCGGGCUUUUAUCACUGAAACAUGGCCCAAAUAUGGGUCUUGUCUUCACUGUUAAUUCAAAUUUGGCUCUGUUUUCAGGAAUUAUUCCCCGAAGUGACCAAAACUAUAUUUGUAAUCAACGCCCCGCCCCUUUUCGAGACUCUUUUCUCUUUUGUAAAGCCAAUUUUAUCCCAAAAAACAAAGGAGAAGGUGCAGAUCUUGGGAAGUGACUAUCAUCAAGCACUCUUCGAAGCGUUGGGACAAGAGAAUCUCCCAAAAAUGUUUGGAGGGACCAAAGAAUAUGAGCACGGACAUCCAGAUCAUGGUCAUAUACGGAUGGGAGGGAUCCUGCCUGAAGACUUCAAGUAUGUCAGAGUUAUUUUGAACUGCUUUAUUUGCCUACAGAAGCUGUUUUGAGACUUUCUUGCGUCCUAAAUUAUGAUGUUGUUUUAAGGUAUUCCCCAUUGAAGAACCCCCUCCAUAUUUCUAAUGACAGGCUCUCCAAGCUUAAUAUUCCCGCCCGAUCUCUCCGCGAGGUUACUGUAACAUGCUCCAAACCAGGCCAACAUUUGCAAUGGUUCUUCGAAUGCAGUGGCGAUAUCUGUUUCUCGAUUAAAACAAAGGAUCGACUUAUCCGAUGCGAGAUCAAAAUAUUCACCGAAUUUGUGCCCGAAUACGACAGAAUUGUUUGUCAUCAACCGGGAGAUUACAUUCUAGUCUUUGACAAUUGUUUUAGCACCUUCUUUAGUAAGGAGGUCAGGUAUUUUGCGGCGAUAAAGUGA